AUGACUUUUGUGUACCUUGCAGUAGAUGAAGGGAGAAAGUACUUUUCAUCCCUGGAGCGUUUGCAGAUCCGACAGCAGGCCUCCGACGAGCCUACAUCAGGCCGCUCGUCCCAGGCCAGCACCUCGUCCAAAUCCCACCGGCCUUCACUAUCACUCGGCACCGGACGACGUAGGCGCAAAUCGGAAAAGGCCGUGCAAUCUCACGACAUCUCCCACAUCGAGCUGGACUUUUUUCUUUCUUUGCCUGAAAAGGUACGCAAGCAACAAUUUUCCCGCGAAGAGCAGGCACUCCUCCAAGAAAGGCACGAACACGCAGUCCUUCCCAACGACCAGGAUACCGAGUGGGCACAACAACGCUUCAACGACUUUCACUUCGACUUUUCUCAACCCCCGGUCGACCUUCCUGAACGUGGACACUCACGAAGACGUUCAUCAUCGGCGUCCUCGACCGUCAGCCCUUCCCGCGCUUGUUUCGGCCCGUCUGCUACACUUGCCACGGACAAGGACCGAAAUAGCCAUUUAUUAUAUCUCGACGCCAUGGCCACGCCCAUGUUCACGCGAAGAGAAAUGCACAUGGCUGACAUGAGACGAACAAUGUCCCUUACCUCCCACCCUGUCCGCCACGGAUCCUCACACAUGUCGGACCCUCCUUUCUUCAAUGCUAGGCCGAAAGGACUUCACCAACGUGCGCACUCCUCUUCCCUCGCAGGCCACGCAUUGCCUUCUACGCCUUCACCCCUUGUCGUCGACACCGAAGCAACCCACUACCAGGAUCCAGAGGCGAGAAGGAAGUUGCGCAUGUACCUUGCGUCUCCCCAAAAGUUUGAUGAAGCGAUUGAGUUCGGUUUCCCAUCGUCGGCUGGGAAUGACUCCGCUACACCGCACUUCCAGCUGCCCCAGAUUGACAGUCAUGCCCGUAAGUUCAGUCGAGACAUGCACACCUUCCUCCGAGAUGGGCAAUUAUCAUUCUUCGAAGACAACAACAAGGAGAACCUGGGACUCGAGUCUGACGCUGGCUCAGUAGCCGACAUGGACUCACCCACUACCCCCUCCAGCACCGGCUUGUCCUUCCGUAUGCAUUCUCGCCAGAUCUCGCAUCGCAAGUUCUCGGUCGAAUCGCCAGCUCCUUCACCCGUUCACUCCGUCAACGGGCAGUUCAACCGAGAGAUGACACUACGCAUGACUUUGACCCGGCCCGACUUACGGGCUGACGAAGAUCAAUUGUACGGCUGGCAAGGCUCAAGCUCGAGCCCCAAAGCCCCGAAAGAUGACCCUUUGGCACUUGAAGAUCUGGUCUUCACCGACGAUAUGACCGGUACCAAGGGCGCCUUCUACGUUAAGCCCAAGCCACGCGGAAAUCUCAUGAGCCGCUUGUUGAAGCGUGCCAGCCUCAAAGCAACGAGUCGUUGA